UUAAACCUCCUGGAAGAAGAUUCCCUGCGGCGACCAACCACUAAUGGCGCUUUCUCGCCGCCUCUCCGGCGGAUUCUUUUAUUGGCCAAGGACGUGGCGCUACAUGUCUUCCACCGCCAACAAAGUCCCAAUUCUCUGGAAGCCCGCUGUCGACUCCGGCGAAGCAACCAUCACCGUCCAACUCCUCUCCUGGGGCCGCGGCUCUUCCGGCCAGCUCGGCGGUGGCGCCGAAGAGACCCGCCUCUAUCCAGCCCCCGUUGCUUCUCUCCUCCUCCCUGCUUCCUUCCGACUGUCGCACCCGAUCCCCGGCCGGCUUCCUCCUCUGGCCAUUGCCGAUCGGUUUGGUGAUGGCGUUGAUUCUGAGGCGGUGGAGGUGGGAAUCUCCUGUGGCCUCUUCCAUUCGGCGUUGCUGGUGGACGGCAAGUUAUGGAUUUGGGGCAAAGGCGAUGGCGGCCGCCUCGGAUUCGGCCACGAGAAUCCUUCUUUCGUGCCCACUUUGAACCCUAAUUUGGAUUCCGUUCGAAGCGUUGCUCUUGGUGGACUUCAUUCCGUCGCUCUGGACUCCCUUGGCCAAGUCUUCACCUGGGGUUAUGGUGGUUUUGGUGCUCUUGGGCAUUCUGUGUAUCAUAGAGAACUGCUCCCGAGAAUUGUCAAUGGCUCAUGGGAUGGAAAAAUAAGUCACAUUGCAACUAGUGGGACACAUACUGCUGCUAUCACUGAAUCAGGUGGGCUUUAUACGUGGGGCCGGGAUGAAGGUGAAGGUAGAUUAGGCCUUGGUCCUGCCCGUGGGCCAGAUGAGGCUGGCGGACUAAGCAUCCCUUCCAAAGUAAAAGCUUUACCUAUGUCCAUGGCUGCUGUUUCAUGUGGAGGGUUUUUCACAAUGGCUCUGACCAAGGAUGGACAACUUUGGAAUUGGGGUGCAAACUCUAACUAUGAGCUUGGAAGAGGUGAUAAGGUUGGUGGAUGGAAACCAAAACCAAUUCCUAGCCUUGAAGAUGUUCAUAUAGUUCAGAUAGCAAGUGGUGGAUAUCACUCCCUUGCUUUGACCGAUGAUGGUAAAGUCUUUUCCUGGGGUCAUGGUGGACAUGGCCAGCUGGGCCAUUAUUCUACUCAAAGUCAGAAGAUACCUGUACCCAUUGAGGGUUUGGCUGGUCAAAAGGUUGUCUACAUUGGUUGUGGGGGUUCAUCUUCAGCAGCUGUAACUGAUGAAGGAAAGUUGUACAUGUGGGGAAAUGCGAAAGACUCACAGUUAGGUAUUCCUGGGCUUCCUGAAGUACAACCAUUUCCUGUUGAAGUUAAUUUUCUAGCAGAGGAUGACGGACUGGGAACUCAUCGUGUGCUUUCAGUUGCAAUUGGUGCAUCUCACACAAUGUGCUUGGUCUCGAGGUUGGGUUGCCAAAGAGUGUGACAGGUUUUAGCAUGUGUUACAAAACUAUCUCAUGCAUAAUGAUACAGAGAACAAACGAUUUCAGCGACAGCUCAAUGGAGGUGAAUAAGAAUGUACCACAAAUUCGGUGAGAAUAACAUCGGCAAAAUUUACACAAGAAUGCAGAUCCCUGGUGGCUGAAGAUUGCUUGGGAUACCUCUUCUAUGAUAAGUGCAUCAUGGAAUCUCUUUACUGAUUUUUGUUGGCUUCGCCACCUGACCUAAGUUGUCCAAAUUCCAGGUGAUAGUUUGUUGAAUUUGAGCUGCACGGAUUAGGCAUUUGGUGAAAUGAAUUCUGUAGGAUAGGAGUUCUACAUUUUGUAAACUAUUCUCAAAUCUGUUUUAUCUCCUCAAGUUAAAGGACAGAGAUUCCACUUCAUUCCCUUACUCCAAGAUAGUAACAGCACUUGAUUUCAUGGUAGUAGAUGAUGUUUAGCAUGGGUGAUUCUUGUUGGCUGAAGGGUCUCUUGUUCCUUGAUUCUCCUGCACAUGUACAAAGAUUCAAAUCUAUGUGGUAAUAAGCUUUUCAAGGCUUCUUUUCAGUUAACAAUUACUACCUGAUCUUUAAU